UCAACCUAAUCAACCUCUAAUCGUUUUCGGGAACGAAGAUCUGAAUCACCCUCCCGCCUCGAGAGAAAUCAGUUUAGUCAUUCAGGUUCUGGUAUUUCUUUAUAGCUUUCUGAGUUUACCUCGGUCUUUUAUGUAUUUGCUUUCUGUUUGUGCCCCUAUCUAUUUCUGUUUCUUGUGUGCAAGCGCUCCAUUCUGUGUGUGUCCGACUUUGUGUGGCUUGACUCUCUUGUGUGUGUGGCUUGACUGUCUGUGUGUGUCACUGUGUGUUUGACUGUGUGUGAAUAUUGCAUUUGACUGUGAUGCGUUACUGUGUGUUUGACUCUGUGUGUGUGAUUGUGUGAAUAUUGUGCAUUUGACUGUGAUGUGUGACUGUGUGAGUAUUGUAUUUUGACAAUGACUAUGUGUGGCUUGACUGUGUGUGUGUGACUUGUAUGCUUUGCUGAAUGAUUGGUUGUUGUGGCUUAACACUGCCUCUGCCGGUCCCAAGCCCGGAUGUGAAAAUGUGGAGGGAGUUUGUUUCUUGUGUGCAAGUGCUACAUUGUGUGUGUGACUGUGUGUGUGAUGUGUUCGUAUCUAUGUCUGUUUCUUUUGUCUUGAUUGUGUGCAAGUGCUUGAUUGGGUGUGUGCUUGUGUGACAAUGCGUGUAUUGCAUUUGCUUGACGGUGUGGUUUGUAUAACUUGUGUUUUAUAUGUCAGGAUUGAUUGUUGUUUGUUGAAUUUGAACAGAUCUAACACUAUUCUUUUUUCUAAACUUUUUUGUGAUUAUGUCUUAUGUGGAUACCAUACUCUUUUUUGUAAUAUUGUUGUCCGGUCACUGGAAUAACGCUUUUCUAAGUAUUUAAGGUACAGCCAUGUAGAUCUAGACAUGAUGCUGAUGGGUUGGGUUUGCAUACAAUGCAGUAUGGACCAACAAAAUGGUCUCAAUGCAAGGUGGACAUAUAGGCAAGACAUGUCAAGAGAGAGAGAAGCUUGGACUAUUGAGGAGGAACAUGCACUGAUUAAUGCCCAUCGGGAUGGGAAUAGAUGGGCAGAAAUAGCAAAAGUUCUUCCUAGAACGAAUCGGGUACUUCUAUUUGUUCUUAGGUUCUUCUCACCUAUAGCUAAAGUCAAAGACGAUGAAGCCAAGUGGAUUAUUGGAGUUACAAGAUACACAAAAUCAUCGGUAAGUUUCUAUCCUUUCAAAUGGCCGGAUUAUGAGUUUUGAUCAGUUUGUCUGACUUGUUUUAAACUGAAUCCUUGAUUCCUUGAUAACUUUGAUCAUAAACUGAUUCCCAAGUAUUUUUGACUCAU